CCAAAAAUGUCUUUUGCUCCAUUUCCAUGUCAUUUCUCCCUCUCUGCCCACCAUAACAAGAAAAACGCCUCCUUUCCCAAUCGUCGUCUCUCCCCCUCUCCACAUCCGAACGCGCCGGCCUCCGCCUCCGCCGCCGCCCCCUUCCGCCGCGCGCCGCCACCGCCGCCGCCUCCCGAUGGCGUCCUCCGAUCCCCAGGCCGACCCGCAGCGCCGCCAGCACGUCAUCGUGAUGCGCCACGGCGACCGCAUCGACAACUUCGAGCCGCUGUGGGUGUCCACGGCGGCCCGCCCCUGGGACCCGCCCCUCGUCGAGGCCGGCCUGGUCCGGGCGUUCUGCACCGGCCGCAAGCUCCGGGACAAGCUCGGCUUCCCGAUCCACCGCGUGCUCGUGUCCCCGUUCCUCCGCUGCGUCCAGACGGCCUCCGAGGCGGUCUCCGCCCUCUGCGCCGUCGACGACGACGACCUCACCGCCACGACCUCGGCAGCCCUCUCCAUCGAUCCGUCGAGGCUCAAGGUUUCAAUUGAGUAUGGAUUGUGUGAGAUGUUGAACCGGGAAGCCAUCAAAUUUCCUCCUAAAGAUGGGGAUUGGGGAUUUGAUAUUUCUGAGCUUGAAGCGCUGCUACCAACAGGCACAGUGGAUCAUACGGGAGAAAGAGUGUAUAAACAGAUGCCACAAUGGGAAGAGACAGUAUUGGGUGCACGAGCUAGAUAUGAGCAAAUUAUUGUUGCCCUAGCUGAUAAAUAUCCUUCAGAAAACUUGCUGCUUGUCACACAUGGGGAAGGAGUUGGAGUGUCAGUCUCAGCAUUCUUGAAGGAUGCAACGGUGUACGAAGUAGAGUAUUGUGCAUAUUCUAACCUCGAAAGACCAAUCUUUCUGAAGGACGAGUCAUUUACUGCUGGAAACUUUGAGUUACUAACAAAUCCCGGCCAAACUGGCAUAAGUUACUUGCCCUCUAGCAGGCUCUCUGAUGGCCUAUGACUGAAAUUGUCAAUUGCGGUGCCAUGAUUGAAGGAAAAGGGGAUCCACAACUAUAUCUCAUUGGAACUUGCAGUUACAGGGUGAGAACUUUUAGUGGCGUGAUUCUUGAUUCCGUGGUUGUAUUGACGAGACAAAACUCGUUGGAAUGAUGUCUUUGUUUAUGAUUGUUGUCGGUAUCGAUUAUUUUACACUGGAAAAAUGGCUGCUUGUUCACAAGAAGUGAUGGAAACAAAUAACUCUCGCGGCCCAAAAUCAAAAAAAUAAGAACUGCUGUUUUGCUGCGUGAUGCUUA